UCAUCAGACGCGUCUCCGUCGCGGGGCAUCUUGGGAUUUGCUGUCUCCCUCGCGUUCCUUCUAUCCCGUCGGAGGGAAGCGUUGCUGCCCCGAUCCUCGCCCGGACGAUGGCCGGUUUCCGCGCUUUAGGACUGGACCCCUGGCUGGCGUCUCAGGCGGAGCAGCUGGGCUUGUCGAGGCCCACCCCGGUGCAGGAAGCCUGCAUUCCUCCCGCUCUGCAAGGUCGCGACUGCAUGGGCUGCGCCAAAACAGGAAGUGGCAAGACAGCUGCCUUUGUGCUCCCCAUCUUGCAGAAACUUUCUGAAGAUCCUUUUGGCAUCUUCUCCCUGGUGUUGACACCAACAAGAGAGCUGGCCUAUCAGAUUGCUGAGCAGUUCCGUGUCCUCGGGAAGCCUCUGGGUUUAAAGGACUGCAUCAUAGUCGGGGGAAUGGAUAUGGUCUCUCAAGCGCUGGAACUGUCUCGGAAGCCCCAUGUUGUCAUCGCUACCCCCGGCCGCCUGGCUGAUCAUCUACGGAGUUCCAAUACCUUCAGCCUUCGAAACAUCAAGUUCUUGGUCCUAGACGAAGCCGACCGGUUACUAGAACAAGGCUGCACCGACUUUACCAAAGACUUGGAAGUCAUCUUGGCUGCAGUCCCAACCAAGAGGCAGACAAUGCUCUUCAGUGCCACCCUGACAGAUACCCUGAAUGAACUUCAGAAGAUCGCCAUGAACAAACCGUUCUUCUGGGAAUCAAUAUCUGAGGUACGGACAGUGGAGCAGCUCGAUCAGCGUUACCUUCUGGUGCCCGAGAAGGUCAAAGAUGCUUACUUGGUCCACCUGGUGCAAACUUUCCAAGAUGAACAUGAGGACUGGUCCAUCAUCAUCUUCACCAACACUUGCAAGAGCUGUCAAAUUCUCAACAUGAUGCUGAGGAAGUUCAAUUUCCCAUCGGUGGCCCUCCACUCAAUGAUGAAACAAAAACAACGUUUUGCAGCGCUGGCCAAAUUCAAAUCGAGUGUCUUUAAGAUCUUAAUAGCUACCGAUGUAGCUGCCAGGGGGCUUGACAUUCCCACCGUCCAAGUAGUCCUCAAUCACAACACACCUGGACUCCCCAAAAUCUACAUCCACAGGGUAGGCCGAACAGCGCGAGCUGGUCGGCACGGAAUUGCCAUCACGCUGGUGACUCAAUACGACAUCCAUCUCGUCCAUGCGAUUGAAGAACAGAUCAAAAUGAAGCUUGAGGAGUUUUCCGUGAAGGAGCAAACCGUGCUAAAAAUUCUCACCCAAGUGAACGUGGUCCGACGGGAAUGUGAGAUCAGACUGGAGGCAACCGAUUUUGAUGAAAAGAAGGAAAUCAAUAAGCGGAAACAGCUGAUCCUGGAAGGAAAGGACCCCGAUCUGGAGAUGCAACGGAAAGCCGAGCUGGCCAAAAUUAAGAAGAAGAAGCUCGAGUUCCAGAGCCAAGUCCAGCAGACGCUGCAGGAGAGACAGCAGAAGCAGCUUCAGCACAAGCUGAAAAAACAGGCACGGCGGCGGCAGAAACAGAAGCAGAAGCCGGCGAAGUGAGGGUGCUCGUCCUCCUGCCUUGGGCACCUGUGGGGGAACGAUCCGCCCCUGAGCUGCCUCCUCCCCAAAUUCGCCUUGGGCCAAAGGGAGGACGCCUCUCAUACGCCUUUUCUGUGAAUGGCCCCGAAGCAUCGGGAGAAAAAGGCUUGGGAAAAGAACAUUAGCCAAGGCGGGUUGGAGAAGUUGCUUGGCCGUCUAGAGCAGGGGUCUCCAACCUUGGCCACUUUAAGCCUGGCGGACUUUAACUCUGGGAGUUGAAGUCCUCCAGGCUUAAAGUGGCCAAGGUUGGAGACCCCUGCUCUAGAGACCAAGGAUUGUCUCCUUUUUGCCAAAACCCGAGACUUUCAUUUGGGCUGGGCCCUUGGAGGCAGCCACCCCACCCCUUUCCAAAUGAGGGCUGCAUCAUAAGAUCUUGUCUCACAGCCAACCGUUUUUCCAAGUCUCACCAGGCAGUUGUGCCGCCGACCAAAGGUUGGUGACUUGUGGGUGGAUCCUUUUGAUGGAAGCAGGCUCUGGUUUGGGGUGGGGUGUGUGGGUGUGACCCCAGAAUCUCAUGGCCAUGCCGGGCACAUGCUGGUUAGUAAACCAUGUGCUUUCAAUAAAUCCCUCUCCAGACUGAAGGUUACGUGUUUUACUGUAUAUAAGCCUAGCUAAAGUCUUUGGGUUUGACUGUCGAAGACCCCAGCGCAGAUUUGAUUUGUGGAUCUUACAUCAGCUCCAACAUUUCAGCGUCUCUCGCCCAAUGGGAUUAGCCCAUCUCCCUUGUGCUGGCAGAAGGUCAAAGGAUUUUGGCUGCUGGAGUCCAAGAGAAGAGCCUUUUCUGCCGUGACUCCCACCCUGUGGAAUAUCGUGUGUGGUUCCCCCCCCCCCCCGGUGAAAUUCACACCCACCCUUUCGGCCUUCCAAAAGGCUUGAAGAGUUGACUCUGCCAGCUGGCCUGGGGGAGCGGCCUCUGGGAGGUGGUUAAUGGAUUAGACCAGGGGUCUCCAACCUUGGCGACUUGUGGACUUCAACUCCCAGAAUUCCUCAGCCAAGUCUUAAAAUUCCACAAGGUGCCAAGGUUGGAGACCCCUGGAUUUGACAGAUCCCACCUCCUCCCCCUGCUCACUUUUAUUUUAAACGUGUUACGAGUUAUAUUAUUGAAUGACUGUAAGCCAUAUGGAGUGGCGUCGGAGAGAUGGGCAGCAGAGAAGUUUAAUAAAUAAAUAAAUAUUUGUACCUUGA